GCUGCUCCCGGCGGCGGAGGGGACCCAGCCUCCCGGCCCCCGCGCCCCGCCACGAAGCCCCAGUGAGCGCCCCGCUCCCCCGCCGCCAGGAUGCGAGAGGCGGCGGGCCCGGAAAAGCCGCAGACUCCGCGCGAUCUGGCCCCCGCCGGCCUGACGGAAAGGCAUGUCAGCGGUUUGAGUGUGUGUUACCUUCCGAGGUCUACGAUCUUCCAAGCAAAGAACCCUGACCGAAUUCCAGAGUGCGAAGGAAUGCAGCGGUUAGAGGACGAGAGGAGGUGGCUGUCUGUCCCUAAAGUCUACGUCCUCCAGCCUUGGAUUUUGAACCUCUUGAUGAAAUACGAACAGUUGGACUCCAGAAAUACUCAGGUGCCUGGGCAUAUCCUGAAAGUUGUGAGUGACUUGAAGGCUGCAGACCAAGGCAGUGCCGCCGUCCUGCACAUCUCAGAUGGGUCCUACUACAUCCGGGUGGUCGUCUCCCCGGAAGCUGUGCAGAUGGCAGAAUGUGUUCAACUGCAGUCCGGGUUCUCCAACAUCAUUGGCAGGAUUAUCAUCUUGCAGAAGUACAUGGUGUGCUUCCAGGAGGAGACCAAAGCGGAGGAGUGCGAGUUCUACCUGUCUGUCCACGAGUUCAUCGUGUUGCCCUUGCAGAGGCAGAGGAUGGAGGCGCUGAACUGUAACCAGGAGCCCUCAAUCCUCCAGAAGAUAAAGGAACUAUGGCAGAGAGGCCUCACCCUGAAGACUGUUUCCUCCUCAGGGAUGUCGGUGUCUCAGUUAAUGAUCGACAUAGGGCAGAGACGGCUCAAGGUUUUGAAGCAGAAUGUUGAGGAUUGCUUGGAUUUACUGGACCCAAGUGAGGUGCCAGCCAUAGGGGAGAGGCUCCCUGUCACCAACUGGGAGGUGGAGCGCAAGAGAGAGCUGAGUAAAGACGUCUUUACAGUGCCAGCCAACUUCCUGGUGAUUGGCCCGGAGGAGGAGGCGGCGAUUCGUGAUGCCUGCGUGGCAGGAUCUCCUCACACCGUUCCUGGGAGAAGCCGCCUUGACAGGGACCUGGAUGACUGUAGUGUAGUGUCAUGCCCCAGUGGUGAGUAG